AUGAGGAUUGUGCUGUUGGGCAACACUGGAUCAGGAAAAAGUGCAUCAGGUAACACCAUCCUGAACAAAGACAUUUUUGAUGUGAAACACUCUCCAGGAUCAGUUACAGCGAACUGUAACAAACAAGAAGCAAAUGGAGAUGGAUGCACCAUAUCAGUUAUUGACUGUCCAGGUCUGUUUGACACUCGAGAUAAAGAAAUGCUGCAGACUGUAACAGGGCAGUGCAAGAACCUGUCUCAUCCUGGGCCUCAUGCAUUUCUGCUGGUGAUGAAACUGGGUGUGAAAUUCACAGAGGAGGAGAAGAAUGUUAUGAAAUGGAUUCAGCAUAACUUUGGAGAAGAUGCCAUUAACUACACUAUCAUUCUGUUCACUCAUGCUGAUGUGCUUAAAGACGAGGCUGUUGAAACAUACAUCAGUAAAAGCAAUGAGCUGAAGCAACUUAUCAAGACCUGUUGGGGCAGAUAUCACUCAUUUAACAAUGAGAACAUAAAUGAUCAAAAUCAGGUCAAAGAACUGCUGCAAAUGAUACAAAAAAUGUUCCUUUUUAAUGGAAAGAAACACUAUGAUUUUAAGAUGUUGAAAUAA